GGGGAGAGGCCCGCUGGAGUGCACAGCCAAUCAGCGCGCGGCGCGGUGGCUGCGCGCGCAGCUUGGCGGCCGCCAUCUUGUGGGAGGGCGCUGAAGAAGGGCAGAGCGAGACGGUGCGAAAGGAGCUGAGGAGGGUGCUGGUGGCUACAGCAUCUCUGCCAAGCUUGGUGGAUAACGUGUGGCACGAGCGCUUCCUUUGAGCUGAGGCAUAAGAACCAGCAGCCAUGGCUGGCCAUGACUCGGGAUCUCAACACCAGUUCACUGGAUUUCAGAAGUACUUCAAUUCCUACACCAUCACAGGCAGGAGGAAUUAUGUAAUAGCAACGUACACAGGCAUUGCAAUGCUCGUCUUAUAUUUCAAACUUAGACCUAAAAAGAAGACUCCUGCUGUGGCAGAUAAGUAAAUGGUUUCUGGAAUGUCUGAAGCUCCAAUCUGUGUCAAUGUUAAGGAAGGUGAUGUCUUGUGAUGGCUAAUAAAAUAUAAACAAUUACUUGCUUUAUUCGAAAUAUGACAUGUUGCAAAGAAGCA